UGUUGGCUGGGGGCUUCUAGACUUUGGUAGUGCGGGUGCUAAGUUAGGGCAUGGAGAAUGUUCGGACAAGCUACAACCUUCCGCCCUAUCAAAUGAUUCAGACCCGUCGUUCCACGGCCGAAGGAUUGCGUUGAAAGAGAAUCCACUGCCUGUCAAGUUGUCCCAGACCUGAUUCUUGGGACCUAUCAAGAGAACCGGAAGUGUUGAAUUCCAUUUGAGAUGAAGAUUUUGGGCAACUAGUAUCGACGCUAGGGCAAGAAGUGGUGCGGGUCACGGGACCUGAUUGGGUGGCUAUUGCUGCCGACACUGAGUGGAGAUUUGGAGAUCUGCAGGAGGAGAAAGAGCAGCUGUCGUGGGGCCGCGGAAUUCGUCUGAAAACAAGAUUUCCAGAAUCAUUCGGCGCGACUUCAUUUCCUUAAGAUGCGCCUGUACCAAUUCGGGGUACUGCCGCUCCCACCACCAUCUAUAGUCGAGGAAAUCUGCACGUUAUUAUAUAUCUAACGCCACCCUUCAUGCCUCUAUCGCCUACCAUUUUGCCGCGCCAUUCCGACCCCCGAUCCAUCGGCCCGCGACUCUUCUCUUUAUGUCCGAUUCGAAGUCAUCAUCGUCCUCGCCUCGUCCCCUUGCACCGGCUCCUGGUCAACCCCCGAGACGAACUAGUUCUAGUGACGAUGUAGUCCGUGGGCGGAAACACAAGACUACUGCCUGUAGGGCGUGUAAGCUAAAAAAGCUCAAGUGUCGAGGUGAUCCACCGUGUGAGCAUUGCACCCUCAAUGGCAUUGAAUGUGUUGUGGAUGAGAUGGCGGAUAUGCGUCGAAAGUUUGCCAUGAAGCGGAAGCUGGACCGACUGGAACAAGCGGAGGACACCUUGCUACACUUAAUAGGUGCCUUACGAGGGAGUGAAAAGACACGGAUCGCACAAUUAUUGAACCUGAUCCGGAGUAAUGCUUCCUUCGAUGAGAUUGCAGUUUUCUUGGAGCAACAGUUUUCUGGAGCUGAGAUUGCAGUUUUCUUGGAGCAACAGUUUUCUGGAGCUGAGAUUGAAAGAUCACCCGAACUGCGCGAGUUUCAGCGUCAGCUCUCCCGACCUUCAGAUGAGGAUGACGACGACGGGAACGAGGGUAAUGCACCUCGGAUUCCCCGGCGGAUGCUCGAGGUGCGCCGCCUCGUCGAUAUUCCCGUCUACAAGGUUCCCGCGAAGCCCUGGACGACGGUCACAGACGAUGACGAUCUGGUGUCACACUUGGUGUCCUUGUGGUUAACAUGGACGUACCCGUGGUUUGACUGGCUAGAUAAGGAUGCCUUCAUUCGCGAUAUGCAGGCGGGGAAUUUGAACUGUCGGUUCUGUUCGCCAUUUCUGGUGAAUGCCAUUCUUUCCGAGGCGAGUUAUUUUUCCGACUACGCCGAAGUUUUUACCGUCCCUGGCGAUAUGUUCUCUCGCGGCGACCACUUUUACGAGGAAGCCCGGCGAUUGCUCGAAGUAGAGGACGAGGAGGUCCCCAGCAGUAUACCGACUAUACAAGGCCUUGUUGUGCUAUUUAUACGACUUGUUUUGAUGGGUAAAGAUCGCGUGGGGUGGAUGUAUAUGGAACUCGCUGUGCGAGCCGCGAAGGAGUAUGAAUCUUCGCACCCACCUCUUCCGAUCGACACGGAAUCGGUGCGACAGAUCGAGAACGUGAUCAACCGAACCUUGUGGGGAGUUUACAACUUGGCUUCAACGGCCGCAGUGUCCUUAAUGAAACACAUAGAUAUCAGCCCCCCUCCGCGACCGCGUGUGCCUAUCAACCAUGAAGAUCCCCUCGAUGUAUGGUCUCCCUAUCCUCAGCUGGUACAACCGGUACGGGGUCACCAUAAUUGCGUAUUCGACCGGUGGUGUGACUUUUCUUGCAUCACGCUCCGAAUCAGCCAAGCUCUUCAUGAUCCUGAUAACAGUCCACCCCAAUGCGAGAUCCCAGCUGUCAUCAAUGACAUAUACCAGCAGCUACAGGUUUGGUACGCGAAUUUACCGGAAUGCCUACGCCUGGAAAAUGCCGAGGUACCACAUGUUUUGAGUUUACACCUGUUUUACCACACAAAUGUCAUGCAAAUCUUUGGAUUCCUCCAAUCAAAUAGUGGCGACUUUAUAGCUCCAGAAACUGCGAAGAACGCCAAAGACCUCUGCCUCUCGACAGCUAGACGCAUCGUCCAGAUUCUCAGUAUCCACCGCGAGAAAUGGGGCAUCGACCGGCUGGCCCCUUCCACCGUCCAGUGGACAAGUAUCGGUCUUUUUACUCUUCUCGAAGCCCUCGACUCACUUGAAAAUCGAAAGGCGUUCAUUGAACUUUGUAUUUUUGCCCGGGCUAUGUCCCGACGCUUUGCUCUGGCCAAGGGCAUUCUUCGCAUGAUCCAAGUAACCGCACAGCAGACGGAGGUAUCCUUGCCGACGGAAACAGAUGCCCUCUUCCUGGAUUUUGAGACACAGACGUGGCGUGAAAAGGAUUCCCUGUCGUUUAGUAGUUUCUAUCCACACUUUUCGACAGUAAUCCGACAGGGAAAGGUUCGACAAUCUGACGUGAGUAUGGAUCGGUUUCUGGAGAAAUGGGAUAAUCUUAAUAUUGGCGACGGACCCCCCCAGAGGGAAAGGGAAGAGUAAACCAUUGUGAGAUAAGGGUGGUUGAUUUAUGUGUUAUGACCGUCAAACUAGCAUCAAGAACUUGCGCGAUUGUACAGCGCUUUAAUAGACUGAGGAAUUACCAGCGCCACAUAGCUUCUAUCGCCCUUUUUUCCGUUCUCUUAUAUUUUCUCUCGACAUCCAUAUUCCCUAACCUAGUCUGUCAUCUCUCUCUCUCUCUGUGAUAAUCUCGCCAACUCUCUU